GUGUCCUUUUGCAGGGCUUGCUGGGAAGAAGACGAAGAAGAAGCCAGUCGACGUCGGGCCGUCGGACGCGCGAGCUAAGGUGGAACGUAGCUACAGAAAGCACGGCGCCCGUCCCGUCCGGAACGAAGACGUUUUUGUUCCAGUUGGAGCUCGAGGAAAGGGGGGAGAGAAAAAAGACCAGCCUCCGCCGGCAGCCAUGAUGGACGAGGAGAUAGUGGAGGACCGCGCCAAGCUGAAGCAGGGCAUGGUGAAGGUCCUGCAGUGCGUGGCCACCAUCUCGUCGGCGGCGGCCGUGGUCAACCCCAUCUUCGGCGUGGCGGGCUCCCUGAUCCGCGUGGUUUUGCACCACAUCGACGACGAGGACAUCCGCACGCUCAAGCGCGAGUUCGGCUCCGUCAACCGGGCCCUGGACGAGCUCUCGAACAAGAACCGUCAGGCCCUGGUGGCCAUCCAGAAGGAGACUCUGGACAGCCAGUACGCCUCGGUGGAGGAGAACCUCAAGAAUCAGUUCCGAAAGUUCAUGGAGCUGGUGGAGGUGAAGCCGGAGCACAGCGAACGCAAGAAGGAAGACUUCAUCCAAAGCUAUGCCAACGACCUGGGAGACCAGAACCUACACACGCUCUACGACGGCGUGGUGGGAAAGCCAAAACUCUUCAGCCGGCCCAUCCUGGAGGUGUACCUGAAGCACUCGGGGGGCGAGCGUCGGGCGAUGGAGCGUCUGUGCACGCGCCUCACCUACUUGUUCUGCAUCGGCCUGAUCGCCCUGAUGGGCUACGCCGCCGUCGUCGGCGACGACGACGCCGGCCUGAGCGAGGAGUGGGCCGAGAAGAUGGAGAACGUGCAGGACAAGAUGCAGCAGGCGCUGCGCAUGUGCCGUCAUUAGCUUCGCAGACACGCGUCGUACAUACAUUGAGGACCGGUUAGCGUUUACAUUAGCAGAAGUUUGGAAUAUCGCUUGAAAUAAUUGAGCCUCUUUUGUGUCCCUAAAUUGGUUAGUUCACUUUUUUUUAAUUUGUAUGUCUCGUUCACUAAUUCAUUGAUUUGUUGUCAGUAAUGAAAGAUUAGUCAAAUACGACGGAACCCCGCAAAUUUGCAAUGCAGCAUUCACCUAUUUGGGGGUCGGGAGGGCUACGCAUCUCUUAUUUCUCACGGAAAUCCCCACUUCAUGCUUUUUUUGUUUGUUUGUUUGAAAACACCUGUUCCCUUUUUUUUUCCCCCAGAUUUGUUUUCUAUUUACAAGGGAUCGUCAAUUAUUCCCAGAUGUUCGCUGUCUGUCGGGUUCGGCCCCCGCGCUUCACAAAUUGUGCGGGUCCACUGCAAAUGUAUGUUUUAUUUGCUUAAUAAUUGGGCAGGGAAUUGGAAAGGAAAUCAGUUUUUCAAUUUGAGAUGAAGAAUACAUUUGAUUUAAACAAUUUGUUGCCUUUAGCAUUUUUAACCUGAAAUUGGUUCGUUAAAAUAUUCACUUUUUAUUUGUGAUUAAAUAGUUUGGCAAUUGAUGAUGAAAAAAUAAAUAAUGAAAUACAGUCGUUAAAUCUUUUGUUAGUUAAUUGGUUAAUUAAUGCUAACUAAUCAAUACUCUCAUGGGCUGGCGAAGAGCCCGAUUUCAAAUAGUGAAAAUCUGUAAAUAAUUGACACUCCCUUAAAAUUUCCAUUGGUGAAAGGGAAUAUGAAUACGCAGGAUCGUUGUUUUUUUGAAAGGGGCGGUUCCCUUGAAGAAUAAUAGGUUAAAAAUAAUUUGUGACUACUGAACCACGAAUAUGCAGUGUAAAACUAAAAUUAAAACAUGAGAAAUGAACUCUGCAAUGACAUCCGCCCAUUCGCGUGAGCUGGCCCGUAACCUGCUCCAGCGUUCGCCCGCUUCGUUUCCCGAACCGCCGCUACUGCCCGCUAAACGCGUUCACGUUUCUUGUGACGGCGGCACGCGGCGCACGUCCAAACGCGGCAAGCGCAAGUAACAAAUGACUUUGUACAACAACCCUCAAAAAUCGCUCGUGGUCGUCUCUUCUGGGGAUCAAAGUCAACCAAAAGUUGUGUGCGACCAGGGAGGAGAAAAGACAAUUGCCAUAUACACACACACACACACGCGCGCGCGCACACACACACUAAGUUAUGUUACAUGACGCAAUGUUACCAGGACUAAGUUGGGGGGGAAAAAAAUAAGUCGUCAAAUCGGGACCUAAUUCUUGAAUACAAACAACUCAGCAGUUCUCAAAUUUAGUGUGACAUCAAUAGAGAUCGGCAGUUUACAAAUAAUUUGAAAAACGUUGUUUUGCAAAAAAAAAAAAAAAGUUGACAUUCUCACUACAAAAACAUUCCCAUACUGCAUUUUGUUUCUCAUAAAACAUUUACUUAAAUGCCAUUUUUUGGGAAAAAUUAGGAUGUCUCCAUUUGAUGAUGCUAUAAGAAAUAUAUAUCUCAUAAAAACAUACACUGUCAAGAAAACACUUGGAAAACGGAAACGUUAGAAAAAAAUUCAACUGAUUGCAAACUAAAUUGGCACUUUAUAGUAUGAAAUUGAAUUACCCAAAUAAUCCUAAUGUAGCAACUUUCAGAAAAAGUGCCAAUUGUGGAUUCAGACAAAUCUACAGGAAAGCUGUGAUAAGACUUUUUCCUCUUAAAUACAUUUUUUGUCUUGUUCUUUUCCAACAUUAUCAUCAAAUUUAUUUUUUCCAAUUGCAACUUUCUUUAAAAAACAAAAAAUUCUCGUAAUCUUGCCUUCUCUCAUGUCCAUUUUAUUUUUUUUAAUGAACUCGUCCUUUUGUAAAAUGAUGAUAUUCUCAUACAAUUUCCAUUUCUUUUGUCUUUCUGGCAACGUUUGGCGGAAAUUGCGACUUGCAAAGUGAGUGCUUUGUUUUGGUUGACCCGUAGAGUUUCAAAUUGUUUUGUUUUUUUUGUCUUUGCAAAUUGCAGCCAGUUCCUCCAUAAAAGCUUCAGAACCUUUUCCUGGUUACUGUACACCUAUUUCUUUCUUUCUGGUCAUUUGCAUAUUUUCAGCGUGGCCUUGAUACUCCUUGUUGGCAGUUGUUUUAUAUAUAUAUUUUUUUUUUUUUUUUGAGGAUAAGCGGUAUGGGAAAUGGAUGCAUUUUUGUUUUGUUUUGUGAACUUCCGCGUCCACUGAAUGUUGCUCAUCCGAAUCCCGAAAAGCUGCUUGAAAGUUCCCAAAAUGUUUUCAUUUGAGAAAGACUAAAUAUUGUUACAUUCCUUUUCAAGACAGUUGAUAUGAGACUGACGCUUGACCAACACUACAUGGAGGCACUUCCAUAUUUUGUGCAUAAAAAAAGAAAAAGUGGGCAAUGAAGCUCAUGUUUGGUAAUUUUCUGUUGUAUGAGCACUUUAUCCUAAAAGCAAAGCAACAGCGACCACUUUUUUAUUUUAUUUUUUUAAACAGCCAGUGGUGCCUCAAUGUUUAUAUUCCUUUUUUUUUUUUUUUUUUGCACAAUAUUGUGAGACUCCCUCUGAUUGGAAAGUUGUUGCUUUCUUAGCAUGUUACGCGGUGUACAAACAUAUAGGUAUAUAUAUCGCUAUAUGAUGUUUUCUUUUCUAUUGUAUUGGACCAUGUACGUUGCUUGUUUAGUUCUGCAUGUUUUUUAAGCACCACCACCAAUAAAUAAAUCAUACAUGAUU